GGAACGACUAUAUUUGCGAAUAGCCAUCAGGCCUCACAGCACAACCAGUCGUGACUGAGCAGACAGCAUGAUCACUCGGGGUAGGAUUGCACAGUACGAAGACUGUGCAAUUUGCGGGGCUCCCGACCGCUGAGCACUGUCUUGUGCCCCUCAUCCAGGCCAAACUCGAAUUUCCAAUGGCCCACUCUUGACAUCUGACAUCACACUGUUGUGAGAGUGACCUUUUGGACACAGCAACAGAGUUGAUAUAACCAUUCCAUUGCAAACGACCCUCUGAUAGCAUCAUCGGACGCCCCAUCGUGCACGGCCUGCAUCUUCUACAGUCCGCCUGACGCAAUGCACCUAUCCCCGCGUCCCCCGCAGGACGACGAGUUCUACAUGCAGGUCACAACGUCGGCAGAUGCUUCCGGCGGUGGUGGCGGCGGCGGCGGCGCCGAUCCAAUUGUCCUUGACGGGCCCGACGCCGCGCGCUUCGGAACACAGUCCUCAUACUAUGACCCCAUGGACAACAUCUUCGGCUCAGACCCCGGUUCACCGGGAGCCACGGCAGGCGACGCGGCCACCACUACCACAUCUCCCGACGAGCGUGACGGCCUCACAGCAGAUCUGCGCCGGCUGAGGGCGCAGCACAACAAGGAAGGGUACCGGGAAGGGAUCAUGGUUGGGAAAGCCGGCAGUAUUCAGGCUGGAUUUGACGAGGGGUAUAGUGUCGGGGCGAAUGUCGGGCUCAAAGCGGGACAGUUGCUCGGUCUGCUGGAGGGGAUCGUAGCGGCCUUAGGUUCCUCACCGUCAAUGCUAGAACAGCAAAGGUCGGAUUCCGCGAAUUCGGCGAUCAAAAUGCACGAAUCGGCCAAGCUGGAGCUGGGCAGCACAGAGUUCUUGUUCUCAGAAACCUAUUGGCAAGCCGAUGGCCAAUGGAAGUACGACGUUCCUGUGUCAAGCUCAACAGCUGAGAAAGACGGCGAAAGUCCUGAACCAACACCCGAGGACGUUGCCAAUGCUCAUCCGAUCAUCGCGAAGUGGACCGCCGUCGUGGAUGACGCAGUUGGCCGCUGGAGCCUGGACCUUGAACUCCCGUCGUUGAAGAGAAAUGACACGAAUGCUCAGGAAGACACAGCCGAGGCCAAGCCGAUAAAGUUGGAGCAGCAGUCACGACAGGCGAUGGAUUGGUAAGAGCGUCUUUGACAUCCAUCGAAUUUUGACGUUUCUCUCGAGGCGGAGAUCUUGGCGCUUCAGAAACUCCAACAUUCACGGCUGCACCAU